AAACUGUCGAUUUCUUUCCUUUGAGAUUUUUUUUCCCUUCUUAUUUUUGUUGAUUGAUCUCCUCGGUCUGGUCAAAAUCUGCUAGGCCUUCCCUCGUGUUUGUCUUUUUGAUAUGGGUAUCGCUGGAACUGCAGUUUUUCCGGUUGUGGAUCGCUGAAGAGUUAGAAUUGGUCAUCUGACCUCUGCCGUCUCGAUAGCCAUCGGAGCAGCAAGCAUCCUCUAUUCUCGGAAAGGUCAGGCAGUGGAUUUACCAUCUGGAACCGCAUUUGCAGUUGCUUCGUGGUUGGUCUUCCAUUUUACGCAGGGCGCAUGCUGCUUCUUGGAGUUCGUUAUCAGUUAAAUCACUCGCGCAUACCUUCAGACUUCUGUUCUCUCAACUAUGUCACGGAGCAUAAGCCCAUCUAUGUCACGGAGCAUAAGUCCAUCGAGGCAGAAAGUGGUUAAGACGAAACCACGAGGCUUCGAUGAAGAGUCAGUUUCAGUUUUUGCUAAAAUCAUCCAUUCAGAUAUCCACAUGGAGGAUCACAUAUGGGCACUUUUACCGGAGGAUUUGCUAAUGGAGGUACUUGCAAGGGUGCCUCCAUUCUUGAUCUUCAGGUUGAUGCCGGUCUGCAGAAGGUGGAACUCAAUUCUUCAGGACCGUAGUUUUCUUGCAGCCCACUCUCGCGUUCCUUCGCAUGGACCCUGCCUUCUCACAUUUUGGAAAAGCUCACAGGCAUAUCAAUGCUCGGUCUUCAGCCUUCCCCUGAAAACAUGGUACAAGAUCCCUUUUGCAUUUCUACCAGAUUGGGCUUUUUGGCUGGUUGGUUCUUCAGGAGGUCUUCUUUGUUUAUCUGGAUACGAUGGGCUUGACUUUAAAAUCCUUGUUUGCAAUCCCUUAACUCAGACAUGGAAGGUAUUGCCUAGCAUGCAUCACAAUCAGCAAAGGCAAUUGACCUUGGUAGUUGAUAAGGUGGACUGUACUUUUAAAGUGAUUGCUACAGGUGGUGAUAUCCUUGGAGAUCAAACUUUACCGACUGAAGUCUAUUACUCAAGACUUGAUAGUUGGUCAGUUCAUCAGGUAAUGCCAGCCGUUACUUUAUGUUCAUCAAAAAUGGCAUUUUGUGAUUCGAGGCUUUAUCUAGAGACUCUUUCACCACUUGGGCUUAUGAUGUAUCGAGUGGAUAUGGGGCAAUGGGAACACAUUCCAGCAAAAUUUCCACGUUCAUUACUGGAUGGUUAUUUAGUUGCUGGUGCAAAAAAACGUUUGUUUCUAGUGGGAAGGAUUGGACUUUUCAGCACUCUUCAAAGCAUUCGCAUUUGGGAGCUUGAUCAUGCAAAGACAGCAUGGGUUGAAAUCAGUAGGAUGCCACCAAAGUAUUUCAGGGCCCUUCUGAGAUUAUCAGCUGAUAGAUUUGAUUGUUUUGGACAGGACAAUCAAAUAUGUUUUACUUCCUGGAAUCAAGGAAAAGGUCUUCUCUAUGAUGUCGACAAAAAAGCUUGGUCAUGGAUUGUAGGAUGGGUGAUCCAAUUAUGCAGUACUCAGGUUUGCUUUUAUCAACCAAGGUUUGACAAACUUAUCUGAAAUUGUUACUUGGUCAGGACCAGAUUGAUAGUAGUGGUACUCAAGGAAAGUCACCUUUGCAUAAUAUGGGCUUUUUGAAUAAUUAUUUUUUUCUUUCCAAAGAGAGUCCAACUUUCACUAAUUUAAUUAUAGAGCAUUAUUAUUCAAAAUGGGCUACAUUAACCAGACAAUUUUGGUGCAUUGAAAUGUAUAUGAAGAGAAGUUGCCUAAAUGAGAGAAGGUACCCUAGAUUGAUGUGCUAGCAUGCCUCAUAUGACAAUCCACUUGUUCUUAAUUUUGUGAAUUUAAUAUGAUUUGGUAUGCUAUUUCAGUCUGUUCUGCCUCAUGAGACCAAUGCAUCUUUCCAUAAAGGCAUUUUCUUGAAUCUCCUUGAAGAGACCACAUACUGGACCUCUGCUGCAGCUUCAACAUAAAGACUACUGAAUAUGCUACACGAUGAUUAUGAAAUGAGUUACACAGACAGGAUAAUUUUGGUGCAGGGAAAUGUGUUCGAAUAGAAGUUGUGUGGGUCUGAGAUGCUUGCCGAGACUGCUUUGCUAGUGUGCCUUGUAUCAGAGUUCCUUAUUCUUGCCUAGAUGGCUACGUGGAUUAAAUAUUAAUUGGCAUUAGCCUUUUCAGUUUGUUCUUCCUUGUGAGUUAAGGUGCACUUCACCAUAAAGCAUUUCUUGAAUCUCCUAGAAGAGCAAUAUACCAGGGAUCUGCUGUCACUUUGACAUAAUGAUAAUUGUAUAUGCUUUUAUCUGGUUUAUAUGCUAUACUGGAAGAUAUGCUGGCCAACUGCUUGAUAUUGUAUCAAGAUUACACUUACAGGUGAAAGAGUAUGUAAGGUUGAACUGACCUGGGGUAUAACUGGAACUGACAGUUGACUUUGAUGCUGUAGAGAGUGAACCAUUGGUGGACGGAAAGUGUGGCAAGAUGGGGACAGUCUUGUGUUGGUAAAUUUGUGAUCCAAGAGCAGAAGCAGGCCUUUUACAGUCUUGGCACUGACACUCUUAAAAUUCAAGAAGCUUCAUAGUGAUGCUGCUGAAUCAUGUUAGGGAAAGAGUUUCUAUAGUCUUUCUCAGGUGGCUCAGUGUGCUAUGUUGAGAUGGGAAAAUGUUAUAUCAGCAUUUCUCUUGGCAAUCAGUAAUUCUUCAGAAUAAACUUGUGAUCCUGAGAGCAGCAGAAGCAAAUGUUUACAAUACUUGGCACUGAUACUUAAAAUUCAAGCAGCUUAGUGAUGCUGAUGAAUCCAGUAGCAACUCGUCAGAGUAAACUUGUGAUCUGACAGCACAAAAGCAGGUGUUUUACGGUACUUGGCAGCGACUGAAAAUUCAAGAAUCUUUAUACUGAUGCUGAUGAAUCAAAGUUAGGGGGCAAAUUUUCUUGGGUGGCUCGGAUAGCUUCGACAAGGUUGAAAAAUGUUAUAUCGGCAUCUCUCUUGACAAUUAAGCAAUUCAUCUGAUUUAUGUGGAAAAAGGUGGCCAAACCCGGUCUCUUUUUGACUGAGCUGAGUUGAGGGUGAUAAAAUGCUGCGACAUUCUUAACAAUUGCCGUGUCACUCUAUUUUAUUUUAUUCUUUUAAUUGACAGUUGCUGGGUUACUAACUGACCUAACUUACAUCUCUACUGUGUGGCACCGAAGAACUAGCUAUUAGAAUGUGGAUUGCAGUUGACUAAAGGCUUUGAUAGUCAAUUGACAAUGAAAUUUAGUUGUUGGUUU